AUGUCGCGCCUCGGCGGCGGUGGCACGGAGAUCGAAUGCCUUUUGGCUCCAGGCAUCCCGAGCACUGUCCCAAGAGACUCGAGCUCGCUUGUACCCCAAGCCCGGCACUCAGAUGCGCCGCUACACCGCUACGCUUCAGCCCUGCAAACUUCCUGCGAGCCGAGGACUCCACCGACAAGUCGGCAUGUUUCAGCCGGCAGCGUGGACCAAGCACGUUUGGCAGCACCCUGCAGUGAGCUGAAGCUGAAGCAAGUGUUCCUCCUCCUCCUCCUCCUCUUCCUUCUCGUUCUCGUGCUUUCCUAUUUACAUCUUUCUCACUUGCUGCGACUGCUGCUGCUGCUAGCAGUCGUGGUUAUUGCUCUCGAUACCUUCGUCUCUCUGCUCGUGAACUUGGCGAUUGACUUCAAGGGCGAUGCAGCGACAGCAUCGAGAGAAGGGCCAAGAUACCUGCGAAGAGGCCAAGUCCGUGAGGAGGUUGACUUCGAGGUGCAUGGAUCUCCUGGCCAUUGGCAGGAGGGCGUCAGCCCUGUGCAGGACCUAGACUUGCUGCAGUUCUGGCUGGCUUUGCCGGACAAGGCGCGGCUCGGCGUCUUGAUGAAGCCAGAGCAGGCACAAAAGGUGAUCCAGGAGUAUGUUGCUGGGAAAGGAGCGGCGGAAAGAGUCUCCCGGGCAUUCACUGCGAAGUUCGGCUACGAGACCCGAGAUGUGACUGUUCUGUUCAGAUUUUGGCAGUCCAUGCCCAACAAAGUCCGGGCGGGUCUGCAGGUCCGCGGCUACUCCGAUCACGAGGCCUGGAUGCAUCUUCAAGCUUACGCGCAAGAACGGGUCGAAGAGAAAGCGGUUCCUCCGAAGUCACCUAGGGAUGGAAAGAGGAGUCCCUGGCGACCAGCUGGAGAACUUCCGGAGGCCACACAAACACUGACUUUGACAUCUCCAGCGACGACUCCACGCGGCCAAGGCAAGAGGCGAGACCUCAGUGCUCUCGCCCGCUCAAGACCCCGCGUGGACGCACUGGACUUCGUCCGAGCAAUUGCAAAGCGCUUUCCGGAGGAUAAGACCUUGAAGCACAUGCUGAAGCAGUGCCUGGAAGGUGAUCCCACUGCUGCAGCUACAGACACAGACGCCUACAACUUGCUGGUGGACACGACUGUUCUGAAGCAGGCAAGCCGUGACAAGACACCGAAGCCAGCUGCCGGACAUUUGGAUGCUCGAUUGAAAUUGAAGGUGCCUCAAGAGGAGGGUUCUUUCCAGACCUGGUUGAGCCAAGACGCAGACAGGGCCGGGAGGUUUCUCAACUUGCUGCAAGACGCCAGCAAAGUCUCCAGAAAGAUCCGAAGCUACAUGCGCCACCGUGCCAAGCAGUGCUUGGAACGUGGCGCACGGCUUGGUCCAACCGGACCUGUGGUUCCAGCCAGGAACAGGACAGAGGCAGACCUUCCCGCCUUGUACGUCAUUGAGGACACCUUCGCUCAUCUUUGUCGCAGAUUUGGGGCCAACGAGGUCUACAUUCGUUUUGGCCCAUAUUAUCUGUGCCGCACGGUCAGCGACUCCAAGGAAACCAAGCCCCUCAUUGAGGAGAUACCUGAUUCAACAACGGGUGGUGCCGUCGUUGACUGUCCAACUCACGGCGUCUCCUGCGGGCCCCGCAUUUCCGCCACGGAGCCCGACCAGAAGACUGGGUGGCAUCCAAACAUCGCCAGCCCCGAAUUCAGCUCCGGAGGGUCCUGGUGGCAGAUGGACCUCGGGCGACUCCACAGCUGCACAGGAGUACGAUUGGAAUGGUGCGUGCCUACCAUCAAGAAGGUCACCUAUGCCACCCAUGCUGAAUUCCAGUCGGACCUGUUUCUGGCAACUGGCGAUGGCCACCAAAUUGUCGUAACUCAGGUGCGCGAUGGAGGCAGAGCCUUCCUGUCCGGCGUGAAACCUGGGGACGUCCUGCAGCUGAAUGCUGGCGGAAGUACGGAUGCUGCCUUCGUUGGGCUUUCACCAGCAGACGCCAUGGCAAAGAUCGUGAAGGACUUCACGCCGCCACUGACAUUAGUCUUCAAGGGCACAAAGCUCAGCGGCGAGAACCGAAGGUUGCAGAGCCUGCUGCAGCAGCCACUGAAGGUCAGAGUUCUUGUGAGCAAGAAGCACGUCGCACCCUCCACAGACGCUCCAGAGGAAUGGGAGCAAGUUCAAGAGCAGGAAGUUACCGCGACGACGCAGCAUCCUUGUAUCGUGCCCAGCAUCUUUGUCGCGCGUUGGGUGCAGCUUCGUUUCGACAGCGCAUGGCCCAAACUUGACAACGAGGCCCUGGCCGUAUCCGUGAAAGUGAUGAAGGUCUGGAGGCUAGCGCCGCCACUCUUCCGGCAGCAGUUUCUGGAAAACCUUCGGCAGGUGGAGAGGCAGGUUGCCAAAGGCCAUGCUCUUGUUCGCCAACCUGACGGAAGGAAAUGGUUCUGGGCAUCUUCAGUCAAACGACAAAGCUUCAAUAUGAUGAUCAACAUGGACAUCGUCCGACGAGUCAAGCGCAGCCACGACAGCGAAGGUGACGAAAUGCUGGCAUUGCAGAUGAUGUGCAUGCGCGACAGGAAGGAAUUCCACAUCCUGCGGUCAGACGAAAUGCUCGCCCUCAGACAGCGCAUCUUUACUAAGGAGGAAGACGUUCUCGAAUGCACCUUCCAUCCGAGAACUGCCGCCAAUGUGCCGGGCCACGUGUACAAAUUCCGGGAGCGCAUCUCCGAAAGGAUGGAUGCAUCAAAGGUGACUGGCGUUAAGGAUUUUGUCAAGGAACUGGGAGAAGAGUACAAGGCUCACAAGUACCCCAACUACUGGAAGGUGCAUCGGCGGGCAAUGCUGCAGAAGGCAAAGCGUGACUUCGUACGAGGCAAUCUCAAGGGUGCGAUGGAGAAGCUUCAACGCCACUUCGGAGUGCAGCAGAUGCUGGAUCGGUUUCGAUGCUAUCACAAGAAUUGUGGGCGCAAGUUGGAUCAUCAUGCUGAGAUAUGCAAGUGCGCCGGUUUCUACUGUCACAUCCACAAGCCUCCUCAGGUCCACAACUGUAAGGAGAUGAAGAAGAUCCUGGAAACGAAGGCGAAAGAAGCCAAGGAUCUGGAGAUCAAGUUGAGAGAGGAGGGGGGAGACCCACCACCAGAGGAGAAGUUCGACAACAAAGUGGAAAUCGGACUCCUCCUGGAGGCGCAUGAGCUGGCGGAGAGCAUCCAGGCUGCACUGAAAGAGAAGGACCGGCAAAAGCACUCCUUGGAGCGCUUGGGACAGUCGCUGGCAUCCUUCGGCGCCGUGCGCUUGAUGGAAAGGCCGUUCAAGCGGCGCAUGUGCCCGGAAGCCCUUGAGAAGCGCAGAGCUCGCUCCGCUGAGGCGCUUGACGUCCUCCCACGCUGGCUGGCAGGAUCGCAAUUCAGCACUGAGGCUGGGGCCCGGGAAUCUCCGCGAGGCAAAGCCUGCAAGGAAUGCAAGGGGAACUGCAAGUGUCCCAAUGCACACAGUCCCGCAGAACUUCGCUUCCCAGCGGGCGAAUCCGUGCAGCGACGGAUGGACUGGGUCAAGAAGGCAGUCAGGCGAGCCGACAUGAAGUUGGAAGCAGCUCCGAACUCGGCGGCAGAGCGAGAACUCGACCAGAAGCGGAAGAAGGAGGAAGAGAAAGUGCCGCCGCCUCCGGCUCCCACAGGCGAGGCGCAGCGGCCUCGAGUGGAGGAGCGGUUCAAGCGGGUGCUGCUGCGAAUCCUGGAUGAGAAGGUCUUCAGCUUGAAGCAGGCUUUUGGGCUUUGCUGCGAAGCCCGAGCCCUGCUCGAGGAGAACGACAGCCCAAAAGCAGAGCUGCGCGUGAAGGAGGCCAGGGAGCUCGCGCAGAAGAGCUUUGAGGAGGCCGCGGCAGACGAUGACGAGCUGGUGAGCAAAAGCAGCUUGAGAGCAAGACGAGCAUGGAGACCUCUCAGAGAUACCGAGAAGGAGGAAGUUCAGAAAAAGCGAAUGGCGGUGCAGGAGGAGGCCCAGCAGAUCCUCAACGUCUGCACCCUUCUGGAUGAAGAGGUGCAGAAGCAGAAGUUCGAGCCGCAAACGCUGCCGCCGCCACCUCCACCACCUGCAGGCAUCGCCUCGGUCACGUCGGCACCAAUCACGACAUCGCCUUCGCGUUUCCCAGGACUUGGAGCCUUGGAAGAUGAUGUAGCAUUGGCGCGGCUGCUGGCACAGGCAGCAGAGGAACCUGAGACAGGCGAGAUGCCGGUGAGUCAGAAGAGGGAGAUGUGCGCCCAGUUUCUCGAGGUGGGGAGGUGCAUACUUGACCAGACCUGCCCGUUUGCGCACUGCCCCAGCGAACUCUUCGGUCAUGCAUCUUCACGGAGCCCAAAGAAGAGGCAAGCGAGCCAUGCGGGGUACCAGGUGCAACUUCUCCCAGAGGAGCUCAUGGCGGAGCAGCAAGCAGCAUCUGCUCUUGCCUAUGACCGCUCCAUGGCCGCAGCGGAUGAUGCCACCUUGAGGAGAUUGCUUCUGGCCAAUGACAGUCCCUCCACGGCCAAACGAUGGCUCCGCACCGAGCACCUCACAUCGGAUAUAUGGCAGCUCAUUCGGUGCGCUUUCCAAGGUGAGAGAGACCUGACGGGUUGGCCGUCGUGCAAAGCACCGGCUGUGUCGAAAGCUUUGCCGAUACUGAAACUGGAGGAGCUGGGGAGCUUAUCUGAAUUCAGGCAUGUAAUUCGCUUAUCAAAUUCACAAGAAACGUCGCCGCCAUCCGUGCGCUGUACAGACGGAUUCGUGAAAGGAAGACUUGCCAAGUUGGGCCUAUCCGCUGCAUUGAGGAAUGUUGACGGCUGA